AUGAAGCUGCAGGCGGUGAUGGAGAACCUGCAGCGGCAGCAGCGCGCGCGGCUGCAGCAGGCGCUGGAAGCGCGGCAGCAGGAGCAGCAGCAACGCUCCACGACACCCCCAGCACAACCCCCUCCAGCCUCGGGGCAACCCCCCACCAGCACCCCGGCACGGGGCCGCGGGCAGGAUCCAGCCCCUGUGCCCUCAGAGGAAGGAGCAGAGCCUGAGAGCGCGCACAUCCAGCGGGCACAGAUGGCUGCCCUGGCUGCCAUGCGGGCAGCGGCUGCCGGCCUCAGCCACUCGUCCAGCCCGGGGCUGUCAGAUGAGAGCCAGGCAUCUGAGGAAGAGGAGGAGCAUGGGGAGGAUGAAGAGGAGGAUGGUGGAUACCAGCAGGAGAUGGGCUCUGAGGAAGAGGAGGAACUGAAAGGCAAGUGGGAUGAAGACGACUUUGAAGAGGACAUGGGUGAGGAGGAGGAAGAAGAGGAAGAGGAGGAGGAGGAGGAAGAGGAAGACUACGAGGAGGAGGAAGAAAUGGGAGAGGAAGGUCUGAGCUCGGCAGAGGCGGUGCGGGCAGGCGCGGGAUCCCUGCUGCUCCGCAAGCCCCCAGCACCCCAGCACUACCGGGGCGAGCCCCAGAGGCUGCCAGGGGGGCAGGAGCGGCUGCCCUCUGGACUGGGCCACGCACAGCCCCCGCCCCCACCGCCUGACCACGGCGACUGGACCUACGAGGAGCAGUUCAAGCAACUUUAUGAGCUGGAUGGUGACCCCAGGAGGAAGGAGUUCCUGGACGACCUCUUCAGCUUCAUGCAGAAGCGAGGGACCCCUGUCAACAGGAUCCCCAUCAUGGCCAAGCAGGUGCUGGACCUCUACAUGCUGUACACGCUGGUGACAGAGAAGGGUGGCCUGGUGGAAGUCAUCAACAAGAAGCUGUGGCGGGAGAUCACCAAGGGGCUGAACCUGCCCACCUCCAUCACCAGUGCUGCCUUCACCCUGCGCACACAGUACAUGAAGUACCUGUACCCCUACGAAUGUGAGAAGCGAGGGCUGAGCAACCCCAACGAGCUGCAAGCAGCCAUCGACAGCAACCGCCGGGAGGGUCGCCGGCAGGGCUUUGGCAGCUCCCUCUUCACCUACUCACCUGGUGGCACCCAUGGCCUCCUCUCCUCCCCCAAGCUGCCAGUACCAGCGCUGGGGCUGGCCUCGGCCACCAACGGUGGCUCCAUCGCUCCCGUCCAGAAGAUCAAGAAAGAGGAGGACUCUGCCAUCCCCAUCUCCAUGCCCAGCCGGCUCCCAGUCUCCCUGGCCGGCCACCCUGUGGUGGCAGCCCAGGCGGCAGCGGUGCAGGUGGCAGCAGCUGCCCAAGCUGCAGCCCUGGAGCAGCUGAGGGAGAAGCUGGAGUCAGGGGAGCCCCCGGAGAAGAAGAUGGCACUGGUGACAGAUGAGCAGCAGCGGCUGAUGCAGAGGGCACUGCAGCAGAACCUCCUGGCCAUGACGGCCCAGCUGCCCAUGAGCAUCCGCAUCAACAGCCAGGGCACCCGCUCGCCAGAGAACCGCCAGGACUCAGCCAGCAGCCUGAGCAGCAACGGCACCAACAGCAUCAGCAUGUCAGUUGAGAUCAAUGGUAUCGUGUACACAGGUGUGCUGUUUGCCCAGACGCCAGGCCCUUCCUCCUCAUCUUCCUCCUCCUCCUCCUCACUGCCCUCCUACGGCAAAGGCAAUGGAGGCAGCAGCAGCAGCCGGAGCAGCGGUGCUGGCGGCGCUGGCAGUGGGGUGGGCAGCGCUGGCAGUGCUGGCAGUGUGCCCCCCACAGCACCAGCCAGCCUGGCUGUGCCCCCCAGCUCUACCUCCAACAACGCUUCGCCUUAA